AUGCAGCAGAGCCCCGGGGCGUCGCCGGGGAAGCCGUCUCGGGAGGGUCUUCCUGUUGCUGCAGAAGUUGCUGCUUCGGUGUCGGACCGCGUCGCUGCUGCUGCGACGGCCGCUGCUGCUGCUGCAGCAGUGGCUGCUGCAGCGCGCGCAGAAGCCACAGCAGCCGUCGCCCGCCGCUACCUCCAGCCCUGGGUCCUCGUCGAAGAGUACAGCAAAUGGAGACACGAAGACCAGCAAGAGUUGAGGGUUUGGGAGCCCCGGGGGUCUCGGAUAUUCCGUGAACAUUUGCUGCCUUACGUGCCAGCAGAUGUGUCUCCUGCGGUGGCGGCGGCGCAGGCCGCAGCAGCGGCGGAGGCGGGCGCGCCCAGCAGCAGCAGCAGCAGCAGCACGCCGGGCAGCAGCAACCGCUUCGCCGCGUUCUUCGGGGGCAGCGCUGCUUCUGCUGCUGCGCUCGCCCAGCACCCCUGGGCUGCUGCUCAAGUCAAAGAGCUGCUGCGGGAGGAGAUCUGGGGCGGAGUGCCCGACGCGUACAAGAGCUGCGUGUGGCUGCACUCCAACGGCUCGCUGCAGCAGCAGCUGCUGCAGCCCGGGCUCUACAGGCAGCUGCAGCAGCAGGCCUUCGGGGGGCCCCCCUUCCCCGGCACGGACCCUGGCCGCUGCCCCACCUUCAGUGGAGGCCUUUUGGGUUUGGAGGAGGACGUUUGCGCACAAAUAUGCACACACUGCUAUUGA